AUGGUUGAAUGGUGUGCUAUUGUUUUUGACAAAAAAGGAAGUGACAGAUCCAAAUGCAGACCCCAGCAUUUGGAAGGCGUUUCUGAAGGGUUCGGAAAAGGUGUUUUGAAAUGUGCGGGUGCCAUUUAUCAAAGAGUUGGCGAGGAUGGGAAACCAACCGACUUUGCUGGCUCUCACUUGCAGAUCGAGGCCGAAACAAAAGAGGAAGCGCUGCAGGUUAUCCACAACGAUAUUUUUGCCAAAGAGGAUAUUUGGGACCUAGAAAACAUCAUCAUCUACCCAUUUGGCUGUGCUGUCCGCGCCGCCAAAUAA